GCCCAACGACAACCCAGGAGGCCGAAGAGGAGCUCACGUGAGAUCGAAGUGUGACGGGCUUUGUGUUGCGCGAAAGACAGAAAUUAUACAAUGAUAUCCUAAAAACAGUAGAGAAAUGUAUACCAAUAGAUCGAUUGGUAUUCACUAUAACAACGUAAUUUAGAUGAAAGUUGGCUGUUCACUCACCAUUCACGGCGACGGCUGUUUCUACAUCGGGAUGGGAGGUAAAAGCGCGAAACCCAAGAUUCCCUCCUAUGAGCCCUACCAGUGCUGUCCCACCAAGCUCGGCCACGGCACCAAGGUCGCCAAGGUCACCAAAAUCGGCCCGAUUACCAAGGACAAGAGCAAAUUUCAAGGUACCGGCAGAACGGAUAAGCCACUACUGCCGGCUUUGAAGCCAAUAAACAAGCUUACGGCCAAGGAGAGCAAAAAAUCAGCGACGAUAUCGAGAAUCGACAACGACGCAAAGGAAUCCAAGUCCAAGGCCAAAAGAGGAUUUUUCGGAAGCGUUGUGGCUGGAAUACCAUACCUCAUGAAGGUCUAAAUGGCCGACACGCACAUCGGCGUCUGGACGCGCGAGGUCGGGCUGUGUGAACGCCGAUUAGGAAAUGAAGAAAGAGGAC